AUGAGUUGUCUGGAUGUUAUGUACCCAGCCUAUGGACAUUACACACCGUACGCGCCCGCUGCCUCCGCGUUCAUCAGCAGUUUACCGACUUCUACUGGUCUCAGAAGCCCUUUGUCUCGCUCCAGGGAUUUGAUGGAGAGUGCGGGGACACCACGGUGCUCAGAGGGUGUCCCGGUCAGCGGGGUGGGCUCAGGGGGUCCGUCACCCUCCUCCACAUACCCCUCAACUGCACAGUUGGAGAACAGUCCAAAAGCGAAGCAUGAAGCAGGGGAGGCAGAGUACCUGAACUCACGCUGUGUCCUCUUUACCUACUACCAGGGUGACAUUAGUACAGUGGUGGAUGAACAUUUCUCUAGAGCCCUCAGCUCCUACAUGGAGGGAGAGGGUAAGAGGAGGCCCAGUGACCGCAGCACAGACACUCCAUCUCCAAGCAGUCGGCGAAGUUUCCCUCCGUCUUUCUGGGACAGUAAUUAUCCUUCACCCCCAAGUCGGCCUCAUUGCGACCCAGGAGCUCCUACGUACUCCAUGGACCCCUAUGCUCAAGCUUUGCAUCCAGGUCUUCCACACCCCCAUCCACACCCCUCUGAAUCCUGGGGCUACCCCCAGAGCCAGGCCUACGGGCCUCCCCGACCUCUCCAUGAACUGUACUCUCCUCCUGGACUGGAGACCCACUACAGUCCUCUGCUAAUGCCAACUGUCCGGCCUCCCCACUUGCCAACCCUCCCUGGGCACUACGACGUAGGGAAGCUGGAACCCACGGCCACGUGGCCAGGACUACUACCCCCUGGGGAUGUUGCCCAGACCCUGGCCCUUAACAUGGACCCAGGCCUGCAGCACCACAAGAAAGGAAAGGAGCUCUACUGGUUUUAA